GGACUUGCCCGGGGGGAGGGGGUUCUUUCCAAGGUGCACUGAACCAUAUAUAAGGUUGAGGACCUCCUAUUUGACACAGUGCCAUAGUGGCGCAAUACUAACUAUGGAAUGGCCCCAACGCGAGAUCAGAAUCGUCUCGAUUACGAGCCUGGCUGGCCCAUCGUGCGCACAGAUUACCUACAGCCUCCAAAGCCUCACAGCUAUUCCCUGGGCCGUGGCGGUGCCAAGUACACAACUCGACAGGCACCGUGUCCCCACCCCGCCAAUCUUCAACUCUCCAAGUGUUCCUAGACUUCCUGCAACUCAGCCUACUCCAAGUUAGCUGCAUAUGUGCGACAUAUUAUCCCGUAGUCAUGACAGACUGACGCAUUGAUGAAUCACUAACGUCAAUUAAUCCUUAUUGGGGCAUGUCUUCCCGUACCAGCUGAGACGGAGCCGACUUAGGUCCCUGAGGUAUCUACCCUUAGUGGUCAGCGUUGGGUCAGCGUGGUUCGGAAACAGCUCCCGUCGAAUCUCCGAAGCAGGUGAUAGCCCGUGCCUUGUUUUCGUCCUGUCUUGCCUUGAUUUGGGAGGUGGGACAUGGUACCUGGUUGGGCUGAACUUUGCCAGUGGUUGGUCAACUGACACAACUGACACUGCGGAGAUGCUUAUAUCAACUGUUUCAU